AUGACUCCUCGCACCCGCCCACCGACUGCCUUUGAACGCGGCAUCCCCGACUACCGCCAGCGCAUCCUGCUAUCGCUUACCCGCGCCAUCUUACUGCCCCCGCUCAUUGCGCUGACACUUUCGUACUCCCUCUUGCGCUCUCCGACCAUGGCCACAUCUGUCAUAACAGCAGUCUUCAGCAUCCCCGCUUGCAUUGCGCUGCGCUAUUCCGUUCGCACACGGCGCCAGCGUAAUGCAGCGCGGGCCCUUGGGGCUACUAUGAUACCGCGCGUGCGCGGUAAAUGGCCCGGAAAUGUGGAUGUGGUCCUCCGGGUUGUGAAGUCAUUCCAGGAGGAGUAUGUUCUACAGGUCUUUGCAGACCUGUUCGACGAAUACCAGACAAACACGCUCAAUACUGGAUUCUUUUGGGACGACCAGAUCGUAACAAGGGAUGAGAACGUCAUGAAGUACAUCUCAUCCACUGGCUUCGCAAGCUUCGAGAAGGGGAUCUUGUGGCAUGAACGGAUCGAUAAGCUUCUUGGUACUGGGCUAUUCAAUGCUGAGGGAGAAUUAUGGAGAAAGGGACGAGCUACUGCGCGGCCCUUCUUCGCGAAGGAGCGCAUUUCCGACUUCAACACAUUCGAGCGGACCGUGAGCACCACCCUCGAUCUCCUCGCGCACCGUUCAGCCGUGAACCUUCCCAUCGAUGUCCAAGACCUCCUUGAGCGCUUCACCCUCGACUCCGCCUCCGAGUUUCUGUUCGGCAUGCAGCUCGAUACGCUUUCGCAGCCGCUCACCGAGCCGGGUCGGGUCAAGCUUGGGCCACGCGGUUCGAUGCCCAUCGAGGGGGCCACCGCGUUUGACGAGUUUACGCAGGCGUUUGAAAAUGUCGCGGUCAUCAUCACGAGGCGCGGGACCCAGGGCGAUACCUGGCCACUUCUGGAGCUAUUUGCGGACAAGACUGAGGACGCAACGAACACCAUCAUGAACUGGCUCGAGCCAAUCGUCAAACGUGCCAUCGACGAGAAGGACCAGCGUCGAUUGGCGGGAGUUGCCACCCCAGCGAGCGAGAAUGUGUUUUUGGACUAUCUUGCAUCGAGGACAGACGAUGUUGAACAUAUAAGAUACGAACUCGUCACUUACUUGAUUGCCUCCAGAGACACGACAGCGAGCCUGCUCACCUUCGUCAUGUACUUUUUCGCCAUGUACCCAGACGUCUGCUCUCGGUUACGACAAGAGGUUCUCGCCGUCAUCGGUCCGAUCAACUCUCCAUCCUACGAAACACUGCGAAGUAUGAAAUACCUGCGUGCGGUGCUCAACGAAGCCCUCCGUCUUCUCCCUAGCGCCCCCCUCAUCGCCCGGACCUCACUCGAUAAGCCCCAGAUCAUCCCUGUCCCCAACGGGCCAUCGUGGUUCUUCCCGCCAAAGACGCAGGCAAUGAUGAUUUCCCUCUUGACACAUCGCCGUGCGGACUUGUGGGGCCCCGACGCCAACGAGUUCCGCCCGGCGCGCUGGCUCGAGCCUGAGACGGUAGCCAAAGUCAACGCAACGCCGUUCAUGUACUGUCCAUUUUCUGGUGGCCCGCGUAUCUGCAUCGGCCAGGAGUUUGCGCUCAAUGAGGCCGGCUUCUUUCUCGUGAGGCUGCUCCAGCGCUUCAAGAGGUUUGCGCUCGCACCAGAAUUCCAGCCGGCGGGGUCACUGCCGCCAGAUAGCUGGAAGGGCAGGCCGGGGAGGCAGACUGUGGAACGCAUCUUCCCGGCAAUAAACUUCACGCUGCAUAGCCGGGGUGGGAUGUGGAUGCGUGCAGAAGCGGACCUGGAAAAAGAGUAG